UCAGUAGUCACUAUUUCAGCUUAAAUCAACAUUUCAGCUUAAUCAACAAUAAAAAAAUCAUCAUCAUAAACCUCUUCAAUACACAAAGCGCUUAAACACUUCAACUUAUUUUAUUCAUUCAAUCAAUUCCUUAAUCUAGAGAGAGAAAACAAACAAACAAACAUUUCAAUUUCAAAGAAAAUAGAAACAAACAAAACGAAGAAGAAAGAGAGUCACAUUCUAUUUUGUUCUUUCUCUGCACGCGUGCGUCAUUUCAAAUCUCAAUAUCUCGUCUCGCGAGAAUUUGAAUGCGCGAGUGAGGGUUUCGGUUCAGAUCGACGGCGAUGGAGGAGAUUUACGGCGACGGAGGAGCGGUGGCGACGCCGGCACCAUUUUCUGGAUCGUUUAGAGAAGGUAGAACUUCUUCGAGGAGACGCGGUUCUGCUAGACAGCAGAGUAUGGAUGCUGAUGAGUUCAUGAAUUUGUUGCACGGUUCGGAUCCAGUGAAAGUGGAGCUUAAUCGGCUUGAGAAUGAAGUUCGAGAUAAGGAUAGAGAAUUAUCGGAAGCACAAGCUGAGAUUAAAGCGUUGAGGCAUUCUGAACGGUUGAGAGAAAAAGCUGUUGAAGAGCUGUCUGAAGAGCUGUCAAAGGUUGAUGGGAAGCUAAAAUUAACGGAAUCUCUAUUAGAAACCAAAAAUCUUGAAAUAAAGAAAAUCAAUGAUGAGAAGAAAGCAUCAAUGGCAGCUCAGUUUGCAGCAGAAGCUACUCUUCGGAGGGUCCAUGCUGCUCAGAAGGAUGAUGACAUGCCUCCGAUCGAAGCAAUUCUUGCUCCUUUGGAGGCUGAACUAAAGCUUGCUCGGCAAGAGAUUGCUAAACUACAAGAUGACAACAGAGCUUUAGAUCGUCUUACCAAAUCCAAAGAAGCUGCACUACUUGAAGCUGAAAAGACUGUUCAGUUUGCCUUGGCCAAGGCCUCCAUGGUGGAUGAUCUCCAAAACAAAAAUCAAGAGCUGAUGAAACAGAUUGAGAUUUGCCAGGAAGAAAACAAAAUCUUGGACAGAAUGCAUAGACAAAAGGUGGCAGAGGUUGAAAAGCUCACCCAAACUGUGAGGGAGCUAGAAGAGUCAGUCCUUGCAGGUGGUGCAGCAGCAAAUGCAGUUAGAGAUUAUCAACGGAAAGUUCAAGAAAUGAAUGAAGAAAGAAAAACACUUAAUAGAGAGUUGGGCCGUGCCAAGGUAACAGCAAACAGGGUAGCUGUUGUGGUUGCAAAUGAAUGGAAAGAUGCUAAUGAUAAAGUCAUGCCUGUCAAACAAUGGCUUGAAGAACGACGAUUCUUGCAGGGGGAAAUGCAGCAACUUCGUGAUAAGCUUGCUAUAGUUGAGCGCACUGCAAAGUCUGAAGCACAAUUGAAAGAAAAAUAUCAAUUGCGGCUCAAAGUGCUGGAGGAGAGUUUGAGGGGAAAUUCUAGCGGCAGUAGUCGCAGCACCGCAGAGGGAAGAAGUAUGAACAAUGGUUCUUCUCGUCGCCAAUCACUAGGUGGAGUUGAUAAUAUCUCAAAAUUAACCUCUAAUGGAUUCUUGCCUAAGAGAACACCAUCCCCUCAACUCAGGUCAUCCCUAUCAUCUAGCUCAAUAUUGAGGAGUGCUAAAGGAACAUCUAAAUCUUUUGAUGGUGGCUCAAGGACACUGGAAAGAAGUAAAACACUGCUGAGGGGAGCACCUCAAAGUUACUCAUUCAACCAAUCUCUCGAAGAAACCAAAGAGAGAGAGGCAGAUGAUAACUGGAAAGGAAAUUCAGGUGAUAAGCCAAAUGACUUCCCACCGGCAGAUACAGAGGAUAGUAUUCCAAGUGUUUUAUAUGACCUCUUGCAGAAAGAGGUCGUUGCCUUAAGGAAAGCUGGUCAUGAAAAAGAUCAAAGCCUAAAAGAUAAAGAUGAUGCCAUUGAGAUGUUAGCAAGGAAGGUAGAUACAUUGACCAAAGCCAUGGAAGUUGAGGCAAAGAAGAUGAGAAGGGAAGUAGCUUCCAUGGAAAAGGAGGUAGCUGCUAUGCGUGUCGACAAGGUACAAGAGAACAGAGCAAAGCGGUUCAGCAAUAUAAAGGGCCCUGUAAACAGUGCUCAGAACCAGCUAAUUUCUGGAAGAAAUGUGACACAAAGAGGAUUAACACGCAGCACCCAAUAACAAUGAGUUUAUUAUGGAGGCACUUGGGAGUAUAUUAUGUAAACUAUAAGAGACAUCAUUCCUCUGCCCUUCUCUGUUUUUAUCUGGCACCCGGAGUACCAGUUUCUUAUGUUGUCCAUGGAUCAGGGACAAGAAAACAAUUUUAGGAAUUGAUAUGCAUCUGACCUAGACUUUUGCAUCCUCUGCUUAGAGAGAUCGGCUAAGAAGGAAGACAAUGGAAGACCAUUAACUGGGGUUAGCCUUUCAGCUUUUCUUUUGAGUGGUGUGUGUUUGUAUAGGUACCUUUCUCCCUUAACUCCUUUUUGCAGUUUAUAUAUUUGCAAUACGCAGAUAUUGUGAUUGCGCUGAUUCAGGUUUCUUAAUAUCUUUGUAAUUAGAUUGAGAUCUAAGCAUAUUUGGUUGUGUUAUAACUUACAAGUUCAUAAUUUCAAAUUGAUCGCAAAUCUAUAUUUGAUUAAA